CCAGCGGCUGCCUGAAUACGGGUUUCAGCACGCGGACAGCGACCUUGUAUCCACUUUCACAACUUUUUACUAAUUAACCGACAAUUAAACAGUUAAAUUGUCCUCAAAACUAGGACGAAAACUUCGAAAUCAUGGCAAAUCCUCACCGGACAAAUGUGCUGGUGACUUCGUGUUUGAAAACGCCGGUGGACCCGCACACCAAGGCGCCUUUAGCCUCAUACGAGAGGGAGAGAGUGCUCCCAUACACGACAGCGGGUCAUAUGGACAACCGAGACUACGAAAAGGAGGUAAAAACUACCUAAAAAUCACAUUUGUAGUAGAAUCCAGGAUGUGGAGCAACAUUACGACAGCUAUUAGGUAAAACCAACUUUUAAAAAGUCAACACCUCAUUAACACUCCUUUUACCGAGACACAACACGUCAAAUACUUCAAAUUACUAUUAGGCAUUGUCAGAUAAAACGUCCUUUUUAAUGAUUUUGUAACAUUAUACAAUAUACAAUUGGGGUGACAACUAAUGCCGGGAAAGAGUAAGAGAAAGGAAAGUUUUUAAAAAAUAUAUUUUUUAGUCCUGCAAACAUGGAUUUAGACAAGGACAAAACGAGCAUAAUCCUCCCAAGCACCACAGAGGAAACACAGUUGAGGUACCUCUAGCUUCUUCUUGCUUUUACACAUUUCUAAUGUUGUUUAAUAUGUUUUUUUGGCAAUAUUGUGAAGGACAAAGAUUCUGUUUAUCUUAAAAUGUGAAUAAUGAAACCUAAAAUUGGUCCCCCACCCAUACAAAAAUAGUUAAAGCCUCUAGCGUUUGUUUUUAGGUCCUUUCAACAUUUAAUUUCCUAUUAGAUAAACUUGUGAUACUGUCAUUUUUCCCAACACACAUUUGUUUUUUAGAUCAACAGAGAAACACUGUCUGAUCUUGUCCCGCUGACAUUUCCAGGUCAGUCUGCCCGGUGGAAAGGAUUUGACCUGUAUAAUUUGUUAGCUGGACUAUUUUUGGACAUCCGUCUUGAAUAGCUUAUCUGGCUCCACAUUUGGUUUAUAAUCCCAAACAAUUAAUUACUCCCAUUUAACAACUCUGCUCCCUCAUCCCCGUGCAUGCAGCUUUUCCCCACCUCACUGGUUGAUGGUUUUGACAAACACUUCAUAGUGAUGUUAGCAGCAAUAGAGCCAGACACCUAACCUGAUGCAAGGUGUGUGUGUGUGUGUGUGUUGAGCUCUUUAGUGGUGGUAAGCCCUCCUUUUGUGCUUCACCAUAUGGCCCACGUCACUGCUGCAGCAGGGUAAUAGGCUUAGUCCUGGAGGAGACUGACUACCGCCGAGCAGGGUGGCUCUGCUCCAGGAGGACUGAGAGUUCAAAACAAUGUAUGAAACUAAUAAAUGUGUCCCAGGCGUCCUCAUCAAUCAUAAAGAAGUCGUUUGCUAAAGUCAUUUACUGUGCACAAGUGAAACUAUAUGCUGUUGAAUCACUCCACUGAGCCAACUUUAUUCAUUAAGAUUUGGACAGAAAGUUAUCACUGAUUAGAAAAUGAGCUUUAAAGUACUCGUGGCCUUUUCAGCUGGAGUACGAGGACUCAGGCUCUGAUUACUGUGACGAGGACUGUCUGGGGAAGGACGCUUCUUUCAUGCUGACAGACUUUAGAGCAGCAAGAGACCGCUUCGACCUGAGUGAGAUCUUCUUCUCCAACGAGGAGUACUACAGCAAGCUGGAGGAGCUGAAGAGGGCUCACCUCCGCACCAUGGCUGAGCUAGAGAGCAUGUACCGGCGGAAGCUGCAGCUCAAGUCCAUGGAGCCUCUGGACAUGGCAACGCUAGACACAGGGCACAGGUAGGGUCAAGAUUUUCUGAAGGACCUAAGUUCAAUUGUCUCUUCUUUCACAGCCUGUGUGUCUGUAUCUUGUUGAUUUAUUCAGUAACUCUUGCUUACUCUACCUCGCCUGUAGAGGGGGCUACAUCAAAACUAUACAUGACUAUUUUGCAAGUUACUAACCAGUGCAAUUAAACUUAUAUCUCCAUUUAUAAAACACAGUCCUAAAAAAUGAAGACGACAAAAAUAGUCCGUCUGAGCCAAAAUAACUUUUUAAGCUGAUUUAAUCUGUAGGGGAGACUGGGGUAAGUUGAGCCAAAGGGUAAGUUGAGCCAACCCCUGUUGCUUGGAAAUGGAUUUGAUCAUAUGACCACAUAUUUAGGAGAUGGGCAUCAAUUCAUGGAAUCUGUGAAGGUUAGAAGAACAUGGGUGAAGGUGUUAUACAUUUAUUUACAACAACAAAAAAAAAACAUUUUUCACUCUUGAAAGUGAAUUUAGUCUGUCAUAAGUUUUAUUAGAAUUGUGUUCAGACCAAAAAAGAUCAUUUUAAAUUUGUUUUAUACAUCAACUGUGGUAUCUAUGAGCUACAACACGAGGUCAAAAGUAUUAGUAUAUACAGUCUAUGUGUAUAGCAUGUGAUCAGUGUCAGAGCGCUCAGUGUUUCAAUUUAAACUUCAUUAGCAUGCGUUUAUGCAUGAGCAUAGAGCUGAGACAGAUAACGUCUUUUCAAAAUAAAAGCUGACGGGUAACCUCUUUUUAAACUAAAAGCAAACUUAAAAGAAAAUGUUCUUCCUGGUGGUCUGGUUUACAUUUGUAGAUGCUAAUGUUAAUUUUGGUCUCUUAUAACAGGUUAAAAGCUCCUCAAAAGGACUUUAAAAUAGUUUACAGUGUAUCUCACUAUAAUGUGUAGAUUUUUGAUAGCUGGGGCUUUUAAAAAAACUGCACUUAUUUUGUUUUUAUCAGGUUCAUGUGGAAAGACGGCAGCCCAGCAACAUCUCGCUGUUUGAGGAAGUCUUACUCUGCUUUUGAACUGAGGAGAGGCUCUGGUCAGUCUGACUCCUCAGACGAAGAAGAUGAAGCUGCUGGUAACUAUGUGGAGAAAGGUCUGCUUUUCUCCCCCAAAGAACACAUCAAGAACAUGUGGCAGGACUUUAAAAUGUCCCCUCACAGCCGUCACCUGUCCUCUUCCUCGCUGCACAGUCUGUCGCUGGACCAGAAGAGACCAGGAAGGGGUAAAAGACAGAAGCGGCACAGCCACAAAGACAGGGAGCAGGAUCUGUGGAAACACAGGGUGACCAUACCCAAACCUUUCCAGAUGAUGUUGCGGGAGGCUGAGAAGCGAAAGCGUGGCAUAAAGACACGCUCAGAGAUCGAGCUGGAGAACGCAGAGCUGAGACGACAGCUGGAGGAACUGACGGAGUGCCAGAGGAAGUUCAGAGCAAGCCCUGUACCAGCACAUGUUCACCUCCCGCUUUAUGAAGAGCUGCUGGAGAAGGACAAGGAGCGGCGGCACUCAAUAAAAGAGCGAGAAAAUCGUGCAAAUAACACUGCCCCAAAACCUUUCAGCUUCCUUGAGAGGGAGCGACUGAAGAAAGAACAGAAACAGCUGCGUCAGGCACAACAGGCAGAGAAGGAGAAAACCAAACCCUUCAAGGCCAAAGCAGUCCCCAAAGCAGUGUAUGCAGCAGCAUCAGGGGAGCAGAUGAAGGAAGAGCAGCUGUACCGCUCCAUCAAAAUCCAGAUGAGAGCUCAGGAGAUGCUCCACAGUGCUUCAAUGCCUCCCAGCAUGCUUGCACGACGACUCGACGAACGCAAGAAGACCAAAGACAGCGGUGCAGCCGAAGGGGACAACUUUCCUCAUAAACCCCAGAUCAACAAACAGGUACCCGACUUCGACGCCAGCUACAGACGAUUCAAGAAUCACUUGGAGAAACAAAAGGAAGUGAGGCCCACAACUGCAUGUGAACCCUUUGAGCUGAGGACGUCCCAGAUCUCCUCACACCGGGAUCGAAUCCUGGCCGACAUCGAGAAAGAGCAGAGCAGCCCUCGGAUGAUGAGAUGGCCGUACAUUAGCCCUAGAUCGUCUCGGACACCCAACUCUAGCCUCUGCUCAUCACUCUCUGGCAGCCUGGAGGUCCUGCCCACAAAAGUCACAGAUGCUACAAAGAAGCGACACGAGGCUGUGAGGUAUCGUUUGAGGUCUUCAAAGUCUUCCAUCAUUCUGGUCAAGAUAGAAAGAUCCCCAGAACUCUAGUUCCCUUUUCAGUCAUCAAGACCUCAAUCUCAACAUGCCCUGUGCUUGAACCCUAACAAAUCUCCUUCUCCUAACAACGCCCACACCCAUUCCAACGUGUUCAGUUCCCUGUAGCCAUACUCCUCAUCCUGCCUUCCUGAAGCCCCUACUUCAUCCACACCUUCCUGCAUCUGUGACCAGGUUGUCUCCCUGAGUAGAAAGGUGUUGGAGCAGAGGAAGAAGGCAGAGGAGGAGGAGCAGCGGUGGAAGGAGAAGCAGAAGCAGAGGGAGAAGAAGCUGCAGAGGGUGGUGGUGAAACGCGCCCACGCCAACGACCCCCACCAGGCACUCUCACAGACGCAGCACAACAAACUCAGAGAGUUCAGGUACCCUAAAAACCACAUAACUGCACCAUGAGGUGAACUGUAGGAGGUACAAUAAGAUACUCAGUGGUUCUUCGUCUUUCACAGGAAACAAGAGCUUCAGCGUAAGAAGGAGUAUCAGCUGGAGAUUAAAGAGAUGAAGCAGAGAGUGAAGGGGAGGCCACUGCUGCUGGAGCAGGUUGCACAAGUAAAUAAAAACAACACACUCUAUUGUACACAUGGAGCAAAGUGGUCAUCAUUUUCCAGUCAAUACACUUGUCUACUUUUUAAUCUCACGCCCAAGGCUGUUGUUAUGUAAAUAGUAAAUUAGCUUGUGCCGAAGAUAGCACCCAGGGGCAUGCUGGUUUUGAAUAGGGUAUGGUCAAAUACCAACUUAGACCCACAAAAACCAGGGUCAAAAUCUGAUGCCCAUGGCACAGGGCUGUACUGGCAUUUAAAGGGCAGAUGGCUGGCUGUACAAAACAUGCAUGCAGAUCAUCACAAACAAGAUCCCAUCCAGAACUCUCAUCAAGUCCUGACUUUUCUAUGAGUAAGGUAGUUAGCGCUGCUGGUCCAUGCGUAUAAAUGCAUGUAUGUGUCCACUUGGAAAUAAAUGUAUGUGUCCCUUUUAUAGGAAAUAUUUCAGUAGAUUCAACAGAAAUUCAUGCAGUGACACAACUCAUACAGUGGGCUGUGUGUAUUUUUCAGUGUAUUUGCAGGUGCAGUAGUAGAAGAGAGGCUCAAUGUGCCAACUAAAGCCUGGUGUAUUUAAGUGGCUGAAAUUCACUGUGUACAUAGUAACACCCCUGUCUGUAAGCACACCAGACUUUUAAUGGGAAUGAAGCAGAGGCGCUGAUCAGUGUAAACUUAUACACAUACAAAUAAUCAAAACAUGAAAUUCAACCUCUCUGCAUCCUGCACCUUAUUUAGUGCUCAGACUUUGCACCACUGAACUACCAAAGUGUGUGUUUUAGAUUGUUGAAACAGGGUCCUUGACUGUGGAGCCUCAAAUGCAUAUACCCCCCAAAUUUUCCACAGCUGUUUGCUCACAUGCCCCUCACAUUGUGGGUUCUUCCCUCUCAACAGGACAAUGCAGCAGAGAUCUACAAUGUGACAACUGUUUUUUCAUCAAUGCCAUUCAGUCUGUUUCACAACCAAUUAAAAACUCCACAGCUUUAAAUUUGCAAAUACCUCCACCGACUUUGGCUGAGAUGUUGUCGAGCAUAGGCACAUUUUUAAAAGAAGCAGCUUGUAAGAUGUAAAUUCAGGAAACAUUGAGCUAAAAAUAUCACAACAAAACUGGGAUAGUUUUGAGAGAAAGUUGAUAAACUACAAUCUGCUGAAUUUUAUAUCUUAAAUCACUGGUAUCUGGGUGUGUUUUUUCUUGAUUCAUCUAUACUUACUCUGACUCUUAAAUUUGCUUUGAUAACAGAGGAAUGCCAAACAGGCAGCAGAGAAGCGUUACACAGACGCCCUGCAUGGUUAUGAUCUGACUGAGGAGUUUGUCAGCAGCAAGGCGGGAAAAUCAGGGUUUGCACGCAAAGACUCCUCAUCCUCCAGCAGAAAUCAGAGGUAAAUAUGUGACCAUUGUAGGGCAGUCUGCUCUGUGUGUUCACAUUUUCUCACCGAACGAGACUGAUGAUUCAAAGGGAACUCCAGUAUUUUAAAAACUCUUUAGAGAAAUCUACUUACUUAGAGUCUAAAUGAUUAAAAGGGUCGAGGAGCUUAGAAAGGUGAGACACGUCUGAACUUUGAAGGGCCUCAUAUACAGAGGCUGUGGCCUUUGUUGCUGCUGUCCUUGGUUUUACACCCUACCAAAACCCUUUGCUGUAUGUCUUCCUCCACUCUCUACUCACAUUUCCUGUCUCUCUUCAGCUGUCUACUCAUAAAAGCACAAGAGAGAGCACAUAAUAACAAUUAAGUUUAAAUAACAGAAACUUUGACAUCAGGGUAUGUUUGUCACAGAUUUAUAAGCAUUGGUUCUUAACAAGAGGUGAUUUAUAUAUGUUUUUAGGUGUUUUUUUUUUCUUUUAUGAGGAAAAACUAAGAAGUUCCUUCUGUCAUUAUUAUAAGAGUAAAGACAUUUUUUGGUCUAAUUAAAUUGUUUGCCUCUGUUGUUAGUGAUCAAGAUGAGUCAGACACUGGACAUCAACCUGUUCACUACAGGAAAGUGUUUUUGGAUGAUGAAGACUCAGAGGGUGAUCCAAAGGAAAGAGAAGCAGGGAGUGAUGAGGCCUCAUCAAACCAGUGUGGUGGAGAGGAUGGCGGCAGUCAGCACUCAGACCAGGAGGAUCAGGGGGAGGAUCAACACUACUCAGAUGACAGUUACCACUACUCAGAUGAUCAUGAGAGUUACUCAGAGGACAGCGAGCACGAUGUCGACACUAAACAGCAGGAAAUUGGAGAGUGAUGUCAGCUAACAACAUGAUAUGAGUGUCUGAUGUUUUGGCUUUACACAGUGGUGGGCAGCAAUGAACAAAAUUGAACACAUAAGGAGGAGGAGGAACACUGCUGAGGGAGCUUUUUAUUCCUAGACUGAUAAGAUCUUAUACUUUAUUGUAAAUAUGAUGUAGCCUACAUAAGGAUGUAAGAUAGGAUAUCUUUACCAUCAGGUGUCUGGCAAUUAUUAGUUUUUCAACAUACAGACAGGUGUACCUUUUCAUGAGUAGAAUAUUCAUGUAAAGAGAUUUUGGUAACAGUCAUUGAUCAUGUGCACUGCAAACUGUUUUGUCUUUUUAGAAAGACCAUCAAUUGCGAUUUUGUUUUUUACAUACAUGCUUUUUUACCACAGUGAAAAUGUCCUCCAUCAAAUUUUUAAAAGAGUUUAGUAAUAAAUACUCUGUGCAUAGUCCUUAUGAAGCACUGGUCACAAAGUUGUACAAACCUAAAAUUACAGCAAUUUCCCCCUGUUUUUAGCACUACAGUGUUUCAGAAACAUUGUGUAAAUAUUUAUGAGUCACUUUUUAUCGCAUUCAGAGCAAUAUUGUGAACUUUGUCAUAUUUGUUUUUGUUGUAAAAAUAUAUCAAACAUGUGAAUGUUGACUCUCAGUGAUGUCACUCUACUUUCACCGUAUCUAUUGCAGUUUCUGAUUCAUUAAACACAAUGAAAUAAAAAAAAAAAACAGUGAGGAUCUUGACUGUGAAAUGGUUUAAUACCUGAGACAAGUAGUGCUAUUUAAUAACACUGAGCUUGUUUCUUGACCCAGAGCAGAAGUUUUACAGUUAACAUUUUUAUUUCACAGUUAGUGUUAAGAUAAAUGUUUUGCUUCACAUUUAUCAUUGAGAUUCAUAUCACACAUUCAUAUAAAUCAAAUUUGUUUAAAACAUUAAAAUUG